ACGGCCGCGGCUGGGGUAGGAGGGGCGGGAAAGAUGUCUGAGCGGAGAAGAGGAGGAGGAGGAGGAGGAAGAGGAGACGCGGCAGAAGCGGCCACGGCGGGAGCGGAGAUGCCGGCGAAGAAGCAGAAGCUGAGCAGCGACGAGAACAGCAACCCCGGGGACCUGUCUGGGGACGAGAAUGAUGAUGCUGUUAGCAUAGAGAGUGGUACUAACACUGAACGUCCUGACACCCCUACAAAUACCCCUAACGCUCCAGGAAGAAAAAGCUGGGGUAAAGGAAAAUGGAAGUCGAAGAAAUGCAAAUAUUCCUUCAAAUGUGUAAACAGCCUCAAGGAAGAUCAUAGCCAGCCAUUGUUUGGGGUACAGUUCAAUUGGCACAGCAAGGAAGGUGAUCCCCUGGUGUUUGCCACUGUUGGCAGCAACAGAGUUACGUUAUAUGAAUGCCAUUCCCAAGGAGAAAUGCGGUUAUUGCAGUCCUAUGUGGAUGCCGAUGCAGAUGAAAACUUUUAUACUUGUGCAUGGACCUAUGAUAGCAAUACAAGCCAUCCGCUUCUGGCUGUGGCUGGAUCAAGGGGCAUUAUUAGGAUAAUUAAUCCCAUUACAAUGCAGUGCAUAAAGCACUACGUGGGUCAUGGCAAUGCAAUCAAUGAAUUGAAAUUUCAUCCCAGAGAUCCAAAUCUUCUCUUGUCAGUAAGCAAAGAUCAUGCACUGAGAUUGUGGAACAUUCAGACAGACACUUUGGUUGCAAUAUUUGGUGGAGUAGAAGGGCACAGAGAUGAAGUUUUAAGUGCAGAUUAUGACCUGCUUGGUGAGAAAAUCAUGUCUUGUGGCAUGGAUCACUCCUUGAAACUCUGGCGGAUCAAUUCAAAGAGAAUGAUAAAUGCCAUCAAGGAGUCCUACGAGUAUAAUCCGAAUAAAACCAACAGGCCAUUUGUUUCUCAAAAAAUCCACUUUCCUGACUUCUCUACAAGAGAUAUACAUAGGAAUUACGUUGACUGUGUGCGAUGGCUAGGAGAUCUCAUACUUUCCAAGUCCUGCGAAAAUGCCAUUGUAUGCUGGAAACCUGGCAAAAUGGAAGACAAUAUAGAUAAAAUUAAGCCCAGUGAAUCUAAUGUGACUAUUUUAGGGCGUUUUGAUUACAGUCAAUGCGACAUUUGGUAUAUGAGGUUUUCAAUGGAUUUUUGGCAAAAGAUGCUGGCAUUGGGCAAUCAAGUUGGCAAACUUUAUGUCUGGGACUUGGAAAUAGAAGAUCCUCAUAAGGCUAAGUGUACAACUCUUACGCAUCCAAAGUGUGCUGCUGCCAUUCGACAAACCAGCUUUAGCCGAGACAGUAGUAUCCUCAUAGCCGUGUGUGACGAUGCCAGUAUCUGGCGCUGGGACAGACUCCGAUAAGUGACUUCUAGCUGAGAAUUAUGAUAAUUGCUUUUUGUGUCACGGUAAUUAGUUAACUUGCUAGUACUGUAACUGCUUUCAGAGUAGUUCCCCCUGCUCCUGUGAUCAUUUGAAAUUAGUGAUGUUUACAUUUUGGUUUGGGUAGUGUUGUCCUGUUCAGAAACUGCUGCUUUUUAAUAAAAAUAUUUUUGUAAGUUUG